AGGCGGGACAGUUUACCAUUUCAUUUUCAGACCUAUGUACAGACGUAGUAAUAAGCUCAUGUAAAACAAUUCUGAAGUCCAGACUAAAGAGAAUUGUUAACCUUUGCAUGAUGAAGAUUUGCUGAUUCUCUGAUUGGCCAAGGUUGGCCAAACUUCUUCACCAGGGGUUAAACAGAAGAGAAGAUUUUGACAGUCAUGUUGCUGUGUCGAGUGAAUUUCUUGGACGACACCCACUUUAUGUGGGAGCUGGAGAGGAAUGCAGUGGGGCAGGAUCUUCUUAAUAAUGUUUGUGAACACCUUAACUUAUUGGAGAGGGAUUACUUUGGUCUGGCCAUGUUGGAUUCUUCAAAUACCAGGAUGUGGCUGGACUGUGCUAAAGAGAUUCGGAAACAGAUUAAAGGUCCAGAAUUAGAGUUCUUCUUCAAUAUCAAGUUUUACCCACCUGAUCCUUCAGUUCUGGCUGAGGACAUUACUAGAUAUCUUCUGUGUCUUCAGCUAAGGAAAGAUAUUGUGAUUGGUCGAUUGCCCUGUCCGUCAGACAUGUUGGCUGUGUUGGGUUCAUACACAAUUCAGUCAACACUUGGAGAUUAUGACCCAAGGGUACACACAAACAACUAUGUCAGCAAAAUUCUUCUCGCACCCAACCAAAAUGAAGAGCUAGAGAAGAUUGUCAUGGAGCAGCAUUCAACACAUAGAUCUAUGAGCCCUGCACAGGCAGAUAUGCUUUUCCUCGAAUAUGCCAAGACACUGCCCAUGUACGGGGUGGAUCUGCAUCCUGCCAAAGAUGUUAGCGGUGCAGAUGUGAUGCUGGGUGUGUGUUCCGAAGGACUGUUGGUGUAUGAGGAUGAGGUCAAAACAAACAGUUUCUCCUGGCCCAACGUUCUUAAAAUCUCCCACAAACGCAACAAGUUUCUUCUGAAGAUACGUCCUUCUGAGGAUGAGUUAGAUGGAGAUGUCAGCUUUACUCUGCCCAGCUACAAAGCCUGCAAACAACUCUGGAAAUGCUCUGUGGAGAGCCAUGCUUUCUUCAGAAACAGACUUCAAGACACCAAAGCAAAAAAGUUUCUGACCCUGGGAUCAAGGUUUCGUUACCAUGGACGCACUCAGUCUGAGUGUCUGGAGGCCAGCGUUAACAUUAAUCGCGAUCCUCCACAAUUUACACGCAUUGCCACCAAAAGAAAAGAAAAUGAUGAAAUCCUUGAAGUUCUAAAGCAACCGGUUCGAACAGAGAUAGAUGACUGGUUCUUGGUACAAGAUUCAGACAAAUGGGACAUUGCUGCUGCAUCAGAUGAUGUAAUGCUGGAAAGCAAAGAGGUCUGGGAAUCAAAGCAGCGUGCUGAUGAUUGGUUUGUCCUUCUCGAGAACAGCCAAAUUUCAUCAUCAGGUCUCCAAAAGCCCCCUCAGACUGAAGAAGAAAGAAAGGUGGAGAUUGUGGAAGAGAAUGAAUCCCAGGAGAGGUAUGAAGAUGAGCUGGUGAUAAAACGUUCAUAUAAAGUUCACAUGGAACAAAAGGGUCCUCUGGAGUUAAAGGUGAUGGAGGGACUGGCAAGGGACAUCCUGGAAAAAGAACAUCCAGAAUUAAUGGGGCCUAUGAAUGAAUCACUAAUAGAAGAAAUAUUGCAAGUUAAUGGAGAAAGAAUACAGAAAGUAGUAAUCACCAAACAAUGGGUACAGGAGGGCAGCACUUUUGUGGAACCACAUGAAGAUACAGAGAUUAAAACAGAGAGGGUGGAGACCGUGAGAAGACAUGUAGUGAUAACUGAAGGAGGGGAAAUGCUCCGUAUGGAUUCUGAGAAACCAUCAGAGAGAUUGGAAAUGAUGGAACUGAGACUAAAUGAGGUGGAGGACAUUAAACAGAAACUACAAGAAGUUGAAGAGCUGAGGGUUGGAUUACAAGAACUAGAAAGUUUGGAACAAAGACUGCGGCAAGCCGAGAGGGAGGGGCUUCAACAGGAUGAAACGGCUGAUUGGAACGUUCUGCUAGAUCGCAGUACAUUGAUGCCCACUGCUCCAUUCACAGCUGAUGAAGAAUUGGAACAGAUGGACAUCCCCAAACCAAUGGGGAGAAAUGACGAUUGGUACAUUCUUUUGGAGAUGACCCCACGCACCAUAUCAGUUCCUCCAACAGAUAUGAUAAGCUCCAUCCCUGGAGAGGACCAGGCUAAAGAAGAAAGCAAGACAACAGAAAGAAAAAUUCAGCUGCUGCUACCAGAGACGCAUGGGGAUGAGGCAACAGUUGAGUUUUAUGAGGAGACAAGAGAGGAGGUGACACAGAGCAGAGUGAAAAUUGAGGAGGAGGAAGAAGAAGAAGAGGAAGAAGAACAGGUGAAGGUGGAUUAUAGGAGCCCACAGCCAGUUUUUCUUAAGCAGCCUCAAAGAGACCUGGAAGAUGAUUGGUUCAUCCUUUUAGAUGUUUCUUCUAAAACAUCAGUGCCUGUGGCUUAUCCACUCCUGCGAAGCACAACUGUUGACGUGUAUGAGGAGAGAAGAGAGGAGGUGGAAAGAGAGAAGCAUGAACAACAGGAGGAGGUGACAGUGGAGGUCAGGAAGCAACAGCCAGUCAUACUGGAGCAGAGAGUAGCUCAACCCCAGAGAGAUUUUGAAGAUGACUGGUUUGUCAUUUUUGACGUUCCCCCUAAAGGAUCAGUGCCUUUGGCCUAUCCACACCUACGAAGCACAACUGUCGAGGUGUAUGAGGAGAGACGAGAAGAGCCUCAGAGCACAGCGAAGGUUGAGUACAAACAACAGGAUCAGCAGGAAGUUUGGAUGCUUGAGCAGAGGGCAGCAAAACCUCAGAGAGACGUAGAAGAUGAUUGGUCCAUUGCUUUUGAUGUUUCUCAUAAAGAAACGGUGCCUUUGGCUUAUCCACCUCUCCAAGAGGCAACUGUUGGAAAGUUUGAGGAAAGCAAAGAGGAGGUGCUUCAGAGGAGCGCGAGAAGAGAGGAGGAGAGGAUUGAGAUGAUGACAGUGAGCACUAAACAAACAAUGAUAACAGAGAAGACGAUGAGGGUCAUACAGACACCACAGGUGUUUCCAGUGGUGCCCAGAGAGAUUGAUGAUGACUGGUUUCAACUAUUUGACCAAGUGCCUUACGAACAGAAGAGAUUUUUACCAGAUUUCGAAGAAAAGAAAGCCAUGGAAAAAAUGGUUAAAGAGGAGCGACAGAAGAAACCACAGCAGGUGCAGGUGACUGUAGAAGACAGUAGACCAGAUUCAGUUAUCCUGGAACACAGACUGGCACAAGCUACAAGAGACGUGGAAGAAGACUGGUCCGUUAUUUUAGGUGAUUCAGGAGAGGAGAUGACCAGGAAGACGAUGAGGGUCAUACAAACCCCACAGGAGUUUCCAGUGGUCCCCAGAGAGAUUGAUGAUGACUGGUUUCAGAUGUUUGACCAAGUGCCUUACGAACAAAGAAGUUUCCCUUCAGAUGUUAAAAGCAGAGACACUUGGGUUCGUGAACCCACCAAAGACCAGAGAGUUAAGAGGAAAGCCGAGAGGGUCACGGAGGAGCGGCUGAGAGGAAAAAGCGUGACGACAGAAGAAAGGAGAGUGAUCUUUGAAGAACGCAGGGAGAGAGUCCACAUCAUACCGCAGGUGUUUCCUGUUGGGGUACGAGAGGUGGAUGAUGAUUGGUCUGAGCUCCUCGAUCCAACACCAUUUGAGAAGAGAGCUGUUCCUUUAGUUUCAGUGGGCACUGCAGAACAGAGGAUGAAAGCACGGGAGGACAUAAGAGUGAGACAGCAGGAGAAGAGAGUGAGAGACGAUGUGGAGAUCAGAAUGAGACAAGAGAUGCGUAAACGGGAGCUGGAAGUCAGAAGAUCUCAACCAGCUGUUAUUGUGCAAUCAGUAGCACAGCCACAGAGAGAAGUGGAAGAUGAUUGGUUCCUUCUUUUUGAUGUUUCACCAAAACAAUCAAUUGCGGCAGAUGUCGUUAAAGUGGACAAGAGAGCUGAGGAAGUAAGGAGAAGGGAAGUAGAGAGGAGAAUGGAAGAAGAAAGGAGAAGAAGGGAGGAAGCGAGGAAGAUGCAGAUAAAAGUGGAUGACAGGCAAAAAAGAGCAGUUAUACCAGAAACAAGACCAGUCAGGGUGCGGAGAGAAGAGGAGGAUGACUGGUUUACUCUUAUGGGUGUUUCCCCCAAAGAUUCAGUUGUUUCUCCAGUGGCUUUGCCCAAACCGCGCGCACAAAUCCUGGUUGACCAACCAUUCACCUCCACUCCAACUGCACAACCGGUGUCUGUAUCAAAAACAAUCUAUCAGGACCGGACAAAAGACACACUGGACAUCACACUGGAGUCUGAGCAGGCUGAAGAAUCUGUGUCUAUUAGAAAGUCACAGAGAUGGACGAAGAGAAUUGAAGGAGAGAGCAUAUAUGUUCGCCACAGCAUUUUAAUGCUGGAGGACUUUGAUGUGACCCAGGAGGUGAUACUAAGGCACCAUGAGAGCGUCAGAGAACUUAAGCGUAUCUUCAUGGAGGGCGCGCCAGAUUUUGGACCCACUGAGUGGGAUCGACGUCUAUCCUCAUACUUGCCCAUGCCCAAAGCCCAGCUCCCGCAUGCCAACGGCGAGAUACUCAUCAGUAUGGGCUUAAUUGAUGAUGGGAAAACAGUCUUGUAAUGAAGCUCCGCCCACAUGAAGCAAUAGCAUCUUGAAAUUCAAACUGCUUGACACUGCUUGAACAUUUGAUUUAUAUAUAUAAUAAUAUAUUUCUUUGCAAAUGUAAUUUAAUGAACUUAGGACAUUUAGGGGCAGUUUCCUGGACAGUUUUUAGAUUCAUCCAGGACUAGGCCUUAGUUAUAUUAGGACAUAUAAAGAGACACUCCACUUUUUUGAAAAUAUGCUCAUUUUCCAGCUCCCCUAGAGUUGAACAUUUGAUUCU